UUUAGCAUUAGCCGCGAACCCUUAAUUUUUUCUCGUCAGUGUUGUUAUAUAAAAUACCGCAAAUGAAAGUGUUUCUUGUGACGAUAAAAUAAAAUGAGCACAGAGCAGAAUGUUGAGCGUGAAAGUAAUGUGUCAACCCUGGAGGUAAACGAUCGAAAGGAAGAAGCUUUUAAAAGAACUCCAUUCUCAAAGUUUAAGAGAGUAAAUUCCCGCUUCAAAUCACCUCUUCAAGUUGCUGAAAGGCCCACAGUGAGUCCAGAAGAGGAGGUGGCAGAGCUACAGAGGAAGAAAGAGCAGCUGGAAUCAGAAAUAGCACGGCUGGAAAAAGAGGGAUAUAGAGUUGAAGAGUUGGAUCAACAUAUUGAUAAGCUGCAUGAAUACAAUGACAUCAAAGACAUUGGACAGUCGCUUUUGGGCCGAAUAGCUGCUCUGAGAGGGACCACCACCCGAGAUCUCUACACACACUUUGGUCUUGAACUGGAAGACUGAAAAAGGGAAUCACGCUUAUAAAUGCUUUAUUAAACUAGUUAAACAAUAUUAAAGUUACAAGGUGAAGUGACUUGGAUUUUAUUUUCAUUGUUUUUUGCGGUUUUAUUUUAUGCAUUGGGGGCAGGGGGAUCAGUUGAGUUCAACAGGUUUACAAUAAGGAAUCUAAAUGAUGACAUGGAUAAGAACAACAUAAGCAGAUAUCAGUAUGCAUGUUAUUUGAAAUAUGUUUGUUAUUCAGCUGUUAAGCUCAUGGCAAGUUACUGCAUAGUAAUUAAGAAGUUGUUUUUUUCCCCCUGGCAUGUGUAAGGUGUUAGGGAAUGUAAACAUGUCGUGCUGUCACUGUCCUCUCUUGUUUGAAAUUACACAAAGUGUUAUGAAACAUAACAGCCUCAGUAUCACCUUUGUUGAUGUUAAUUAAUUGAAGAUUUUGCUGUAAUUUUCAGACUAUAAUUUAUUAUAAUAAAACACACAAAGCAUUGAACGUUUCAU